GUUGGGGACCUCCAGGAACCUCGCUUACAUCACGGGGCAUUUCCAGCACGCCCGGUUGACAGAGGGAUUCGGGUGCGAUGCCAUGAGUGGCGAGCCGGGCAGGGUCAAGAUUCGCCCCCCACCACCCCGACAGCAGGAUGUGAACAAGGAGCCUGCCCCGCGAGGACCUUUUGCGAGCCCCAGCCACGGCCCAUCAUCCGUCGACGCGAGAGAAACAGGGGCGCUUCCAGGGAGGGCCGGAGCCAGAGGGUGCGCUUUGUGGAUUCCCUAGGUCUGGAGCUGGCGGAGGUGAAGGUGUUCAGAGCCGGGGAAGACCCCACGGUGCCCCUGCACGUCCUCACCAGGCUCAUGCUGAGCUCCGAGCUGGCUUCAGGCAGGGACCUGGUGAUCCCUAUUCCCUACCUGGAGCCGGACUUCCCCCCAGAGCAGGGCAAGCGAGAGGAUUUCCUGGAGCGCCUGGCCCGGCAGAGGGUUUGCCUGGGGAGGGUCUCGUGCUCGGAGAUGGGGAUCACAGGACUCGCGUGGGUCCAGAACCUCUCCUUCAGGAAGGAGGUCAGCGUCAGGUACUCCUUCACGGCCUGGAAGAGCAGCUCCGACACCAAGGCCUGCUGGGACUCCAGCGAGGGCGGGGAGGGGGCUGCAGGGAGGGGGCCCGACCGGGACGUCUUCCGGUUCUGCCUGCCUGUGCCCCCUUUCAUCCUGCAGCCCGGAGCCUCCCUGGAGUUCGCUAUCCGCUACCGGGUCUUGGGGGCUGAGUUCUGGGACAACAACAAUGGCCGCAACUACAGCCUGACCUGCCACAGCUACAAACUGACCGUCCCUAAAGAGUGUGAGGACAGCUGGAUCCACUUCAUCUGAGCCCCACUGCAGAGAGAGCUGAGGAAGAAGGAGCAGCUUGAGCACACCGGCAUCGCUUACAGUGCUUUUUACUAGAGCUGAUCAUGAAAGAAACUGUGCUACGCUUCUAUCUGCUUUUAAAAAGUGCCAAGUAUCGAAUCAUACACCGCCUGUGAUGAAGAUAACAGGUGGCAUGUUAUGGAGUGAUAGCAUUAAAUAGCUGGAGGUAUUAGUUUGUUGUUACUCAUUACAGCUACAAUGGUAUUAGGAUAGUAGAGCCAUCAUUUGAAUUUAAUCCUAGGGGUCAGGUGCAUAUUAUAGAUGUGUACUAAUCUGCUGAAUGCUGUUCCUGCUUGAGAUGCCAGUUUGAUGUCUGUGGCCAAGGUGUUAUUAAUGCACUGUAACUUUUCAACAAAUUGUUUCAGUAACUUCUCACUUCAAAUGACUACAUUCAUGUGCUCACCAGCCAGCAGGGAGUAAAGCAGGGAGCUUCCCAGUUGUAAUCUCUUUCUGUUAUGUAUAUGCUGUAAAGCCUGGCCACCCUACAAAGCCCUUUGUAUUAUUCCACAGAAUUGAUAUAUCUUUUGCACUGCUGGUAUGCUGUGUUUGCACUAGCUUGCCGUGUCAAAGUGUCAAAGUUUGCACUUUUUUUGCCCUGCAAAAUGAAAGCAGACCUGCUGCAGUUUCUAGCAGACAAGGGCAACAUCAUAUUUUGCAAAGUUAGUUUGUUAGUUUUAGUAACAUUAACAUUCCUUUUAGACUUUGUUCAUAUGUCUCAAUGUUUCUGUUGCUUGUUUGGAAGGUGAAACUAUGCACUGGAAAUGCACCUGAUCAAUUGGAAUCAGUCAUGGAUUUGAAGUCCAUUUGUUUCUAUUGGGCUUGUCAGCAGGUGGGGCAGACAGUGCAAUGCUGCACAGGGAGCAGCAGAGGGCAGCAGAUUACCCCGAGAUUCACAACUUGGGAGUCUGUGAGUAUCUCAGGUGGUCCCUGCUACUGUAUCUAUCUGCCCAUUGCUGCACACCCAAACUACACUGCACCUAACAUGGUAUUCGUAAACCUAGUCUAGCAAUAGUGAGUUAAUUAAUCGCUGAUGAAAUGAAGCCACGUGCAGCCAUUUGCUAAUACCUUUUGAUUGUUCGGCCCCCAGUUUGUAUGCGUUUGAAUGAUUGUGUUUUUAUGCGCGAAAUUGUUUGAAUAACAAUGUAUAGCAUUAUAAAGUACCAGCGGUGGUGUAGAUGUGUAUAGAGGGACUGCCACCGCAUUGCAGUUUGAUCCAUUUCAGAUUUUACUGGGAGCUCCAAUCAGCCACAGCGUAGAGAGGCAUCUGGCAAUGUGUGUGACAGACUCGCAAACUGUACUGCAUUAUGUUAUUUACUGGGAUUUUUGUAACAUUAAAAAAAAGAUAUUUUGAAAAAAAACUGCAAAUACAAAUCUAUAUAUCAAUAUUAUGCCGUAAUCGUGGAUUGCUGACGAUGAGGCACUUUUCACACAAGUCGUUUCUGUUAAAAAUGUAAGUGUAUUAAACUUUUAAAAAGACGUUUGUUUUUGCAUGUAUAUUACUGAUACACAUGAUUUUUUUCACAGUUUCGUUUUGGUGACAAAUAUAUUAAAAUUCA